UAUUUUUAUUAAUUAGAUUACGCCGGCCAAAUCUACUCCAAAUAAAAAUAAAUAAAAAUGGCAGAUAUCGAAGACACACAUUUUGAAACCGGAGAUUCUGGUGCAUCAGCCACUUAUCCUAUGCAAUGUUCUGCUUUACGUAAAAAUGGUUUUGUUAUGCUCAAAUCACGACCAUGCAAAAUUGUUGAAAUGUCUACCUCAAAAACUGGAAAGCAUGGUCACGCUAAGGUUCAUAUGAUUGGUAUCGAUAUAUUUACUGGUAAAAAAUAUGAAGAUAUUUGUCCAUCUACUCACAAUAUGGAUGUACCACAUGUUAAACGUGAAGAUUACCAAUUAACAGAUAUCUCUGAUGAUGGUUACUUAUCUUUAAUGUCUGACAAUGGUGAAUUACGUGAAGAUCUUAAAAUUCCAGAUGGUGAACUUGGUACACAACUUCGUAGUGACUUUGAUGCUGGUAAAGAACUCUUGUGCACUGUAUUAAAAUCCUGUGGUGAAGAGGUCGUAAUUGCUAUUAAAAACAACACCGCUUUGGAGAAAUAAUCAACGAUUGUACUGUUGGGGGGCAACGAUGUUGAGGAGGAGGAGUAGGGGAGAGUGUGGAGAGUGGUGUGGCGUGUGGAAAU